AUGGCAAAACCAAAUAAAAUUAUUGAUCUUCUUCUCAUAUCCCUUCUCAUCUUUACCCUAGCUCAAGCCGAACACCACACCGUACGUCGAAGAUCUCGUGCUAGGGCGUUUAUCGAGAUACAAUGUCAGCAAACACUCUACCCCGAUUUAUGUAUACGGAGUCUUUCGUACUAUGUUAGCAAUUUCACAGCAAAUCUCAGCCUACGACAGUUAGCUCAAGUCGCGCUAAGAGUAACCCUAGCCAACGCGGAGUCAACAAAAACCUAUGUGGCCGACGUGGCUAAAGAUCUCAAUCAAACAAAGUCGUAUCGUUUCGCGAAAGAGUGUUUGGAUCAAAUAAGCGACGGCGUGGCGCAGCUGUCGAAUUGUAUCAAAGAGACGCAGAUGAUUAAGGAAGACGGGGAAACCAUCGACUUUCCUUGGCAUGCAAGCAAUGUCAAAACGUGGAUGAGCACCGCCCUAACCGAUGCGAGUACGUGUGUGGACGGGUUUUCGGGCCGGGCUUUUGGGGGAAAGAAGAGGGCCAUGAUUAAGGCUAAGGUUCUUAAUCUUCAACAAGCUACUAGUAUAUCAUUGGCCUUGUUCAAUAGGUUUGCUGCAAGAUAUAGGUCCUCUCAUGUUGAUAAACCUAAAGUGUAGGCCCUUUUGAGCAAUUUAGAGGUUGACUUUUUAUGGAUGUGGGAAUUAAAUUGCAUGUGCACGUGUGAGGAAGAAACAAGGAAAUGUGAAUAUAUAAAAGUUUUGGGGUUG